AUGCAGCUGAUGGAUCGACGGGCCGAGAUCUCUGGCUGCGUCGCUGCACAUCUAAUUUCCAAUUUCCCAAGGCAGAGCACGAGCCAUGGCAAUCCGAUUCGGAAUCUGGCUGUGGAGAUGAGCUUUUGUACUGAAGAGCGGAUCGAACAAGGAAGGACCCUUUGGGGACGCCCUUUUGGAACGUCAUCUAACUUAACUCAAAGACCGAGUGCGAGUGCGCCUGACCGCACAGCCUUGCUCUCGCAUCCGGUCCACCCCGCUUCUUCGGCUUCUAUCUUCCAUCCACUCGAUUGCAUUCGAAGUUCCCUCAUCUCGUCCCGCUUCACUCAUCUUCCUCCUCCAACCGCACAUCGCAUCAAGUCGUAUCGACGCAACCGGACACUUUGCUUGACGCCUACACCUGUUCAUUUUAUUAUCUCCUGCCUGUUGUGGCAUCCGGGUCUCUCGACAAACACAGCGCUUCAGGUUCGAGCAAACCAGUCGCCGGCUACCAUGCAGAGCCCAGCUCCCUCGGGCGCAGGAGGCGCAGCCCCUCCUAUCGCACUCUCGCCCGUCGAGAGGUCCGCGUUCGCCCACCUCUUCAACCUCGCCGAUCCCGAACGCACUGGAAUCGUCACCGGUGAUGCCGCCGUCUCCUUUUUCGCCAAAUCCAAGCUUCCACCUGCGAUCCUCGGACAGAUCUGGGCGAUGGCCGACAGCGCAAACAAUGGUUUCCUCACUCCUCCGUCCUUCAGUAUCGCGCUGCGCCUCAUUGCGCAUGCUCAACGCGGGGAGACCAUCACAGAGGCUUCCAUCAAGCGUCCCGGCCCACCUCCCACCAUGGAAGGCGUCAACCUUCCCCUCACCGCACAGCUUACAGGAUCCCAAUCCGCAGCCGCCGUCCCGACCAACAUGCCCGGCGUGAUCGAGAUCAAGCCCGAGGACCGCGCACGCUAUACCCGCAUCUUUGCCAAUUCCGGACCCGUCGGAGGCCUCAUCGAUGGUGAUCGCGCCAAGGAGAUCUUCGUCAAGUCCAAGCUCCCAUUUGACAAGCUCGGUGCAAUUUGGAACCUCGCCGAUACCCAAGCCCGUGGUUCCCUGGACCUUACCGACUUCAUCAUCGCCAUGCACUUUAUCCAGAACACCAUGAAUGGCACGCUCAACUCCAUCCCCGCCGCUCUUCCUCCUGGUCUGUACGAGCAGGCAAAGGGCUCUGGAGGUGUCGGCUCACGUGUCAUUCCUGGCUCGCCUCUCGCUGCUCAGAACACCGGCGGCUCGGCUUCCGGGUUCGGUGCGUCCGCCAUUCCCCGUCAGAUGACUGGCUCUUCCUUCCCAGCUCAGUCCGCUUUCCAGUCGCCCCGUCAGCCCAGUGCUGCACCUGCUGCUUCUUGGGACGUAACGCCGGACGAAAAGGCUCGCGCAGACCAAUUCUUCGACGGUCUCGAUGCCUCCAAGCAGGGUAGGCUCGAUGGCGCCACCGUCGUCCCCUUCUUCAUGCAGAGCAAGCUCAGUGAGUCCGUCCUCGCCCACGUUUGGGAUCUCUCCGACGUCACUCAGAGCGGAACCCUCUCGAAAGACGAAUUCGCCGUUGCAAUGCACCUUAUCAACGGUCAGCUUGCGGGCAAGCCGCUUCCGCAAGAGCUUCCCUCCAGCCUCGUACCUCCUUCGAUGCGCAACAUGGAUCUUCCCACAGCCGUCAAUCCACAGCAGACCGAUACGCAGAAGGACCUCUUUUCGCUCAUGGACGAUGAUCCGCCCGCACCCACCAUCUCUGCUUCGUCCGCCUUCAUCACUCCUUCAGCGGCUGCACCCGUGGUCGCCGCUCAGCAGAGCACGCCAUUCGCAGCAAGCAGUCCAGCUCCAGCUCAGCGCUCGGCACCUAGCCCCUUCGAUGACGACUUCUUCGGCGGUGCCAACUCUUCCGCAGCUACGCCUGCAACCGCUCAGCCCACACAGCCUAUUGCAGCAGCUCUCUCACCCGCUGCCACCGGCGGAAGCUUCGGCAGCGCCGCUGCGUUCAGGUCGCCUGGUAUCGCGUCGCCUGGCGGUCCCGCUUCACCUGCUGCUUCCACGUCACGGCUUGGCACUGCGUUUGCUGCUGCAGUACCUGCCUCCGCAGCUGGUGCUGCUGCGAGCGCAGCUUUCGCGAGUGGAGGAGGCUCCGAUCAGAGCGCAGACUACGGCAACAAAGCUAACCAGCUUCAAAGCAACGAAAAGGCUGUAUCGGACCUGCAGUCCCAGCGCGGCACCCUCGAGUCCUCGAUCGCCACGAAUGCCUCCUCCAUCGCCGAGCUCGAAUCGCGUCUCGCCACCGUUCGCGGUCAGCACGAGGCCGAAACCAAGCUCGUCAAGGAUCUCGAAGAGCGUCAUCAGAAGCAGAGCGGCGAGCUCAAGGAGCUGCGCGAGACCGUGAUCCGCGAAGAGAGCGAGCUCAGCGCUCUCAAGGCGGAGAAGGACGAGCUGGAGCAGGCGCUCAUGCGCGACCGCGAAGACGUUCGUGACAUGAAGAAGCGCAUGAACGAUGUCCAGACAGAGACCAAAUCGCUCAAGGAGCAGCUCGAGAAGCUUCGCAAGGAUGCUAGGCAGCAAAAGGGUCUCGUCGCCAUCAGCAAGAAGCAGCUCACUACCGCCGAAGCCGAGCAGGACAAGGUUGCUGGUGAGAUCGAGUCUGUGCAGCGAGGGGAUCUCGGCGGCGACGACGAAGCAGGGCAGCACCAGGCUGGUCCCGCGGUUCCAGCUGCUGCUGCUCCUGCCACACGCAGCGUCGGUGUGGAACCGGUCACUAGCCCUGCAGCCAGCGUCCGCAGCUACAAUCCUUUCGACCGUUUCGGUGCUGGCGCCGGUACUGCUGCCUCGCAGCCUGGAACUCCCAGUGCUACCCACCAGCCAUCGACUGCCACUUCGCUCCUUGCUGGCGCUGGUGCAGGUGCCGCCCUCGGCGGCGUUGCUGCCGCUACCGCACACCACGAGUACGACUCGCAUAAUGCGACGCAGACGUCUCACGCUGGUGAUGAGGCUUUUGGACAACAGCAGACUCAUCAAGCAGACCCCUUCGGAGUGCAGCAUACCGACGGUCAGCCCACCUCGACCCUUGGUUUCGACGAUGCCUUCGCGGUGCCAGGCGAGACUGGUGCUCCUACUUCAUCGACCGCUGCAGGACACGGUCAAGCUGCCUCGCAAGACUUUGACGACAACUUCGGCGACGAUUUUGGCGCGACCGCUUCCGCUGUACCUGCCUCUGCCGCUAACGAGUCAGCGGCGCCCGCCACAGCUGCUGAUGAGAAGGUCACCGGCCAGCUUCACGCAGCCGAACUCGGCGCGGCUGGUGGCUUGGGUGCAGGAGCUGGCGUGCUCGGUGCCAGCGCCGUCCAUGCGCCCGCAUCGUCUCAUGAUACCGAGGCAGUCAAAGGAUUCGAGUCAAGCACGGACACUGCCGGGCCGUUUGGCGGAGAUGGCUCUACCACUGACACGAAGCGUCCGGAGGCACCGGACGCGGACGAGGACGAGAACAGCUCGGACGACGAAGAUGACGGUCCGGAGGAGGUGGGCGGCUACAAAGCCAGAGGGUACGACACGCCCGUCGGAGGCGCUGCUGAUCGCUUCCCCGAGGUUGACAACAGUGCCGACGGUGCUCCCGCUUCGAUCGCGACGGACCCGCAAGACGACGGCGAGCACACUGUGCCUGGCGGAUUGGGCGACGUGACAGCUGCUACUGCGCCCGCCUCUGCGGCUCCUGUGGAUCCAGCCUCGAUUGGACAAAUUGGAGAACGUACGGCCUCGACCACCUCGAUUGCGCCCAUCAGUCGCCAAGAGACGAUCUCUGAAGGGCCGAGCGAGCCUUUGACGACAUCCGAGCCUACUCAGACCAAGGACACUGAGAGCAGUCACAUGGGUGCGGGCACGGCUGCAGCAGCCGGUGGCAUCGGCGUUGCCGCUCUGGCUGCUGGCGCUGGUGCCUUGACUCUGGGUGAACGAGGUCACGGCGACACCACGCCCAGCGUUGCUUCGCCCACAGAUGACAAUGUGCCCCUCAGCCAGCUUCUCGAAUCGAAGGGCUCGAAACUGGCUGCUCCGACUGCAGCAGCCGAUGCCUCGGCCCCGACUGAUCCUUCUGCUAGCCCUACUUCAUCGACCAAGACUCGGCGCGCACCUCCCCCCGCGCCGGUUCGCAGCGCCACAAAUCUUUCGGCAACGUCGGGUGCUCCGGCUGUGGCUCCUACCGUGCUUGCUGCCGAGCCCGCAGCUGCAGCCGGUGCCGCUGCUCCUGUGACAGCUGUAGGAGACUCGAACAAGUCCACCAACCCGUUCGGCAUGGACGAUUUCGGUGCCGGUAGCGGACAGUCGAAGCCGCCGGCGAACGACAGCGGCAGCAACUUUGAUGACUUUGAUUCUGCAUUUGAGGAUCUUGGUCCGUCAGAAGCCGUGCCUUCGUCGACUGGAGCAGGUGCGACCGGUGCAGGUGGGGCAAGCGCCUCGACCGGGUUUGACGAUGCGUUUGACAAUGAUUUCGACUUUGUGCCCUCGUUUAGCGGUCCUGGUGGUGCUGGUCCAGCUGCUGCUCCUGUCGGUGCUGCCAGCGGAGAAGGCGCUACUCGUGGCGGCAACAAUGCUUUCGACGAUUUCGAUGCGGCUUUCGACAGCGCACCCAGCGGUGCAUCGGCGGCCAAGGAUACUUCGUCGGUGCCUGCGGCCGCUGGCGCCAUCCCUGCUCUGGGUGCAGUGGCUGGUCUUGGUGCGGUCGCUGGGUCUGGAAGUCGCGCUGACCGCGGGACUGCUUCGAAUGCCACUUCUGGAUUCAGCUUUGAAGACGCUUUUGAUCCGGCGCCUACCGGCGGCGCUUCAAACACGGCUGCGCCUGCGCCGAUCAACACGUCCACUGCUGCAGCGACUUUAACUCCUUCGGGCGGCGUCACUUCACCUUCAUCCGUAUCCUCGCCGGUGGUACCUGCAGGAACGUACGCACCUCCACCUGGUCCGCCACCUGGAUUCAACGCCCCGCCGACGCUUCCAUCGCGAUCGUCCACACGAACCUCCGGAGCUGCUGCUGGAGGAGGAAGCGCAGCGAUCGCCGAAGCCGAGGACUACACGGGUGCUCUCCCCGACGACGCUGCACCGGUCAAGCAGCUGUGCGGAAUGGGCUUCACACGCGACAAAGUGAUUCAGGCUCUGGAAAAGUCCAACUACCGAACGGAGAAGGCGCUCGAGAGACUCUUGGCUUCCGCAUAG